UAUUCCUUUUAGCUGUUUUGCAGCUGAUUUCGGUAACCUUUUAAUGUAUUUAAUUCUUAUCUUAAUCCAAUUAGAAAAAGAGCAACUGCACCUAUAUUUAGGUGGAGCAGAGGAGCAUUUUAAGCAGGUGUGUUUUCACAAUGGCUCUCAUUGAAAUUCGUGAAAUAAUGGCAGAACAACUUUCUAGCCAAACAACUGCUCUAGGAUUAGCUUUUCUAGUCCUUGUGUGGGUAUUAUACAGCUUGAAGAAGAAUUCUAAGUUGCCUCCAGGGCCAACCCCAUGGCCAAUAAUAGGAAACCUCCAUCACCUUGGCAGGCUUCCACACCGCAAUUUAUAUGAGCUGUCAAAAAAAUAUGGCCCUGUGAUGUUCUUGAGAUUUGGGUCUCUGACCUGUGUGGUGGUCUCUUCUUCUGAGAUGGCCAAGGAGUUUUUGAAAACUCAUGAUUUAGUGUUUGCCAACAGACCUUGUUCUGCUGCUGGAGAACACAUUGCUUACAACUAUAAGAACUUGGGUAUGUCUUCUUAUGGUCCGUACUGGAGACACAUGAGGAAGAUAUGUGUGAUGGAAUUGCUGAGUGCGAAGCGGAUUGAAUCUUUUAGGUUCAUAAGGGAGGAGGAGGUUUCUCUGGCUGUGAGGUCUGCUUGGGAGAGAAGCAAGCAGGGGAAUGUUGCUGUGAAUGUUAGCAAGACUUUGUUGGGGAUCACCUCUACUAUAAUUUGGAGGAUGCUGACUGGGACAAUAUUUUCUUAUGAUGAUGUCAGUGGCAGUGGUGGUGAGCUCAGAGAUAUGGUGAGGGAGGUUACCAGCACUAUUUCUGCUGUUAACAUUGGGGACUUUUUACCUUACAUAGAUUGGACGGAGUUGCAAGGAAUCAAGAAACGGAUGAAGAAGGCCCACAAUUUUUUUGAUAGGAUUGUUGAGAGAAUUAUUGAUGACCAUGUUGAGCAGAGGAAAAGGGCUUUGGAUGAGAACAGGGAAUGGACUAAGGAUAUUGUGGAUGUGCUACUUGAUGUGGCAGAAUCGCAGACUUUGGAGAUGGAGAUCACAAGAGAAAAUAUCAAAGCAAUUAUCUUUGUAUGUCACUUUCAUUACUAUCUGUUGCUCAGUCUUUUUAUCUUAUUCUUAAAUGAUUUUUCCAUGACCUUAAACCAACUAAUCAAAUGUACUACAAUAUAUUUGCCGGAUCUGUUCAUUGGUGGAAUGGAGACAAUGGCAACUACCAUGGAAUGGGCAAUGACUGCACUCAUCAGAUACCCUUUGGUAGCCAAGAAACUGCAGGAAGAAAUUGAUUCUAUAGUAGGGAAAGACCGCAUGGUAACUGAAUCUGAUCUACCCAACAUGGACUACUUGCAAUGUGUGGUUAAAGAGUCCCUGCGACUAUACUUGCCAGGGCCACUGUUGCUCCCACAUGAAUCUAGCCAAGCUUGCAGUGUAGGAUCCCAGGGAUAUCUCAUACCUGCAAAAACAAAGCUUUUUGUCAAUGCCUGGGCCAUUGCAAGAGACCCAGCUGUUUGGGAAGAUGCUGAGGAAUUCAAGCCUGAAAGAUUCAUGGGUAAUAAGACUUUUGAUUACCAAGGGCAGGAAUUUGAUAUGCUGCCUUUUGGGGCAGGAAGGAGGAGGUGCCCUGGUGGGCAUAUGGCCAUGGGGCAAAUGUCCCUUGUUAUGGCUCAGCUCUGGCACUGCUUUGACUGGAAAGUUGAAGGGAAUCCUGCUGAUUUGGAUAUGACUGAAGAGUUUGGAGCCACAGUGCCAAGAAAAUUCAAUCUUUUUGCUUUCCCUUCGCUGAAAUUGUCCACAAGCUUCUAGGUUAGAUAUUUAAACUAUAGUUUGGUGAGAUCAUUUUGAUCGAUUCUCAGUCCGAGCCAGUUGAAACAACGUAUCAUCACACUGGGAUUUGUGUCUAGUAAAUUAAGCAUUUUAUAAUUAGAUAAAAUAGGACGGUUGUGCUCAGCUCAACCCAGGUGUUGUAGAUGGACCAGACGAAGUUUCUCCAUCGGCUGUAAUAGAAAUUCCAUAAAA